AUGGAUAAGGUGCUCUGUGCUCUCCUGCUUAGUGCAGGCAUGUGGAUUGGCCCUGUCGCAGCACAGCAGGCUGACCCUCAGCAAGUCCGAUUGUCACCUCCUUCGGGAUCAAGACUAGGGUCUGCGCCUCUGUCGCCACCCCGUUCCAUCACAUUGAAGGAUUUGCGGGUGAUGAAAGACCAGUACGGGAAUGAGCAAUGUUGCCCGCCUGGGACUAUGCUGGUCGGAGGCCAGUGUAUCUUGCCUCAUAGCAGUGUCUGUCCUGAAGGGACUGUUCAGAAGGGAAAUGUAUGCGUGGGCCAGCCGAUAUGCCCUCCGAAGUUCCACUAUGACGGCCAGAAAUGCAUCUCGAAUCAUCCCCCGCUUUGUCCAACCGGAUCACGCUUCAAUGGCAAGGACUGUAUCUCGAUCGACAACCCUGUGUGCCCAGACGGUUCCACUUUCGAUGGACAUAACUGUGUCAGCACAGCCCAACCUAUAUGUCCAAGUGGCGCCCACCUGAAGGACAAUAUGUGUGUUACCAAGCAAUCCCCCAAGUGCCCGGAGGGAAUGCAGUUUGAUGGUGAACAAGGAUGCGUCAGCACAGAACCGCCUAGCUGUCCAGAUGGCGCCCAAUUCUCAGGCGGCCUUUGUAUCUCCAUCGUGUCUCCCUCAUGUGAGCAGCCGUUCAUCUUGCAAGGCAAUACUUGCGUUCAUUCCUCCAGGCCCAGAUGCCCCACAGGUGCCAAGUUCGAUGGCACCGUGUGUAUUUCAGAGAGGCCCCCGAGCUGUAGGGUCGGUGUCUUUGAUGGAGGAGUGUGCAAGGACAACCAGCCCCCGAUUUGUCCGCCGCGUACCAUCCUCAAAGGGUCUCGCUGUACUGUGGAAACCGGUGCAUCCUGUCCUUCGGGGCAUUCUCUGUCCGUAUUCCAAGAUCAAGUCCGCUGUUGUCCGGACGGAUUUAGCUGGGAUGGGUCAUUCUGUGUCCUGAAAUACGGUGGCGAUAAGUGCCCUCCAGGAAGCCAUUUCGAUGGCGAAAAAUGUCUUUUCACGCCAAUCGUCCAGCCCAUCUGCCCCCCGAGGACUACCUGGAAUGGCAAGGACUGUAUCCUUUCAGUGCCACCGCGAUGCUCGUCUGGCUUCUCGUUCGUCAGCGGGAACUGUGUCAGCAAGGAUCCACCUGAAUGUCCGGAUGGGACGACCUUUGAUGGUCAAAGAUGUGUCUCGCCAACUCCACCUUACUGUCCCGAUGGAACCAACUUGAAAGGCCGGGACUGCAUGUCGUCCGACCCGCCUCUUUGUCCACCACGCACGACGUUCAAUGGCCACUCAUGUGUGCUCAACGUACCCCCCACAUGCCCCCCUGGUUCCACUCUCACUGGCGAUAGCUGUCGAUUCCCUGAUAUUCCUGACUGUUCUGGUGGCUCCUUUACUGGAGGGCAUUGCGUUGUUCCAGUCCCCCCCAAGUGCCCACCAUCCUUCAUUUUCAACGGAAAAGAGUGCGUGCACCAGGACCGUCCUCGCUGCCCACCCAACUACGUUUUCGAUGGAACGAACUGCGUUGCGUCCGACCCACCGCAGUGUGGGCCAGAUGCUAUCUUUGACGGCACCAACUGCGUCGAUAUCAAGCCUCCGAUCUGUCCUGACGGCACUGCUUAUGAUGGCCAUGGCUGUUCUGGUGGCAAGCCCCCGAAAUGCCCAGAGGGAAUGACCUUUAACGGACGCGAUUGCAUUGAUGGAAAGCCACCCAAGUGUCCUGAGGAUACCACAUUUAACGGUGAAAAGUGUGUUUCCAAUGUGAAGCCUGAUUGCCCCCCGGGCACAACAUUUGACGGUUUCAAGUGUGUGAACGAAUCACCCCCAGUAUGUCCGGAGGGUACAAGUUUCAACGGCCACGCCUGUGUCUCUAUCAAGCCUCCCGUCUGUUCUGAUGGCACUGUUUUCGAUGGGUCGAAGUGUGUCGCGUCCAAGCCGCCAGUCUGCCCCCCAGGAACCAGGCUCGAGGACGGCAUGUGCGUGGUCACCACCGACCCCAUCUGUGCCGAGGGAACGACCUUCAACGGGAAGACAUGCACCACUGCCACUCAAGCGGAAUGUUACCAGAUGUUUGUCUGCCCGCCAUUCCGUCCCGCACAGCCACUCGCUGGCUAA